AUGGCGGCAGGAGGGCGACCUUGCAGCUUCUCCACGGCCCACCCCAGUGUCAGCAACUCCAGAAUGUGGUGGCUGGCCAGCCUCUUCCUGUCCAUGACCGCCUGGGAAAUUUCCAGCACACCAGUGACUCCUGACUCAGUGUUCUCCAGUGGUGAGCGGGCCCACCAGGUGCUGCGGAUACGGAAACGCGCCAACACCUUCCUAGAGGAGCUCCGGGCCAGCAACCUGGAGCGGGAGUGCAUGGAGGAGAUCUGUGACUUCGAGGAGGCCCAGGAGGUGUUCCAAGACGUGGACAGUACGCUGGCCUUUUGGUCCAAGUACAUCGACGGCGACCAGUGCAAGGUCCAGCCCCAGGAGCACCCGUGCGGCAGCACGUGCUGCGGCCACGGCACGUGCAUCGACGGCAUAGGCGGCUUCCGCUGCGACUGCGACCAGGGCUGGGAGGGCCGCUUCUGCCGGACCGAAAUGCGCAUCUUCAACUGCUCGGUGGACAACGGCGGCUGCGCGCACCACUGCCUGGAGGAGGGGGGCCGGCGCCACUGCAGUUGCGCGCCCGGCUACGAGCUGGCAGAGGACCACAUGUACUGCGAGCCCGAGGCCGGAGUGAAGUUCCCUUGUGGGAGACCAUGGAGCCCAGUGAACAAGAAGGGCAGAUCCCUGAAAUGCUGCCCAGACCAAAUAGACCAGAUGGACCCCCGAAUCGUCAAUGGAAAGUCGACCGUGCAGGGAGACAGCCCCUGGCAGGGCAUCCUGCUGGACUCGAAGAAGAAGCUGGCCUGCGGGGCAGUGCUGAUCCACAGCUCCUGGGUGCUGACAGCUGCCCACUGCAUGGAGGACCACAAGAAGCUCACCGUCAGGCUUGGAGAGUACGACCUGCGGCGCAAGGAGAAGUGGGAGGUGGACCUGGACAUCGCGGAGGUGGUCAUGCACCCCAACUACAGCCGCCCCACCUCUGACAACGACAUCGCGCUGCUCCGCCUGGCCUGGCCCGUCACCUUCUCCAGGAGCGUGCUGCCCGUCUGCCUGCCCGACCGCGGCCUGGCGGAGCGCGAGCUCACCAAGGUCGGCCAGGAGACGGUGGUGACCGGCUGGGGCUACCGCAGUGAGACCAAGAGAAACCGCACCUUCGUCCUCAACUUCAUCAAGAUCCCGGUGGUGCCGCACAGCGCGUGCGUGCCCGUCAUGCACAACGUGGUCUCGGAAAACAUGCUGUGCGCCGGCGUCCUGGGGGACCCGCGGGACGCCUGCGAGGGGGACAGCGGCGGGCCCAUGGUCGCCGCCUUCCACGACACCUGGUUCUUGGUGGGCCUGGUGAGCUGGGGAGAGGGCUGCGGGCGACUCCACAACUAUGGCGUUUACACCAAAGUCAGCCGCUACCUUGACUGGAUCCACAGCUACAUCCGAGCGGAGGCGGCCCCCCUGGACAGCCCGGCGCCCUAG